GAUCAUUCUGCCACAAACUGGGGGAGUGGCGUCUUCAUAAACGCUAACCUCUGCAUUCUUCUCUUCCUUAUUCUUCUUCCUUCCAUUUUCAUCUCUGAGAAAAUGAGAGAGUGCAUUUCCAUCCACAUUGGCCAGGCUGGCAUUCAGGUCGGAAAUGCUUGCUGGGAGCUCUAUUGCCUCGAGCAUGGCAUUCAGGCUGAUGGACAGAUGCCGAGCGAUAAGACGACAGGUGGAGGUGACGAUGCUUUCAACACCUUCUUCAGCGAGACUGGAGCAGGAAAGCACGUGCCUCGUGCAGUUUUUGUAGAUCUUGAGCCCACUGUCAUUGAUGAAGUUAGGACCGGCGCAUACCGCCAAUUGUUCCAUCCUGAGCAGCUUAUCAGUGGAAAGGAGGAUGCAGCAAACAACUUCGCUCGUGGCCACUACACCAUUGGGAAAGAGAUAGUUGAUCUUUGCUUGGACCGCAUCAGAAAGCUUGCGGACAACUGCACUGGUCUCCAGGGUUUUCUGGUUUUCAAUGCUGUGGGUGGUGGCACUGGUUCUGGUCUUGGUUCCCUUCUCUUGGAACGACUUUCAGUGGAUUACGGCAAGAAAUCCAAGCUGGGUUUCACUGUCUAUCCUUCUCCACAAGUUUCAACCUCUGUUGUUGAGCCUUACAACAGCGUCCUUUCCACUCAUUCCCUUUUGGAGCACACCGAUGUUGCUGUGCUUCUUGACAAUGAAGCCAUUUAUGAUAUAUGCAGGCGUUCCCUUGACAUCGAGAGACCCACAUACACUAACCUUAACCGCUUAGUUUCUCAGGUAAUAUCAUCACUGACUGCAUCUCUGAGAUUUGAUGGUGCUCUUAAUGUGGAUGUUACUGAGUUUCAGACUAACCUGGUACCAUAUCCCAGGAUUCACUUCAUGCUUUCAUCCUAUGCUCCCGUGAUUUCAGCGGAGAAAGCAUACCACGAGCAGCUUUCAGUUGCAGAGAUCACAAAUAGCGCGUUUGAGCCGUCCUCUAUGAUGGCCAAGUGCGACCCUCGACACGGUAAGUACAUGGCCUGUUGUCUGAUGUACAGAGGUGAUGUGGUCCCUAAAGAUGUUAACGCAGCUGUAGCUACUAUUAAGACCAAGCGCACAAUCCAAUUUGUUGAUUGGUGUCCCACUGGGUUCAAGUGCGGCAUCAAUUAUCAGCCUCCAACUGUUGUUCCAGGGGGAGAUCUUGCCAAGGUGCAGAGGGCAGUGUGCAUGAUCUCUAACUCCACCAGUGUUGCUGAGGUUUUCUCACGCAUUGAUCACAAAUUUGACCUUAUGUAUGCUAAAAGGGCGUUUGUACACUGGUAUGUUGGUGAGGGCAUGGAAGAGGGUGAGUUCUCCGAGGCUCGUGAAGAUCUUGCUGCCCUUGAGAAGGACUAUGAGGAGGUCGGUGCAGAGCCUGGGGAAGGCGAAGAAGGCGAGGAAGGGGAUGAGUAUUGAUUACGAAGUUUGUAUGUCAUUACUUUUUAUUUAUGGUUGUUUUCGUGAUGGUGUUCUUUUAUGUACUUUCAUUAGCUUUGCUUUCUAAGUGUUUGCAUAUAUGAUUGUUUCCAUGGGAUUGUCCAUCUGGUGGACCAGAACAACUUCAAUGAUAUGAUCCAGAACAGAACAACUUCAAUGAUAUGAUCGUGGCUCUCUUAGAAU